UGGAGUUCCUCUCUGUCAAGGAGAUAUACAAUGAAAAAGAGCUACUCCAAGGAAAACUGGAUCUCCUUAGUGAUACCAACAUGGUGGAUUUUGCUAUGGAUGUGUACAAAAAUCUUUAUUCCGAUGAAAUUCCGCAUGCUUUGCGUGAGAAGAGGACAACUGUUGUUGCACAGCUGAAGCAGCUUCAAGCUGAAACUGAACCUAUUGUCAAGAUGUUUGAGGAUCCAGAGACUACAAGGCAAAUGCAGUCCACUAGGGAUGGUCGGAUGCUGUUUGACUAUCUAGCUGAGAAGCAUGGUUUUAGGCAGGAGUACCUAGAUACACUCUACAGGUAUGCAAAAUUCCAGUAUGAAUGUGGUAAUUACUCGGGAGCUGCAGAAUAUCUCUACUUCUUUAGGGUUCUGGUUCCAGCAACAGACAGAAAUGCUUUGAGUUCUCUGUGGGGAAAACUGGCAUCUGAAAUUCUGAUGCAGAAUUGGGAUGCAGCCAUGGAAGAUCUCACAAGACUAAAGGAGACAAUAGAUAAUAACUCUGUCAGCUCUCCCCUGCAGUCUCUUCAGCAAAGAACAUGGCUCAUCCACUGGUCUUUGUUUGUGUUUUUUAAUCAUCCUAAAGGGAGAGACAAUAUCAUUGACCUUUUUCUCUAUCAACCACAGUAUCUCAAUGCAAUUCAGACAAUGUGCCCACAUAUCCUCAGAUAUCUGACUACUGCAGUCAUAACAAAUAAGGAUGUUCGAAAACGCAGACAAGUGCUGAAAGAUCUAGUCAAGGUUAUUCAGCAGGAGUCCUACACGUACAGGGACCCUAUCACAGAGUUUGUGGAAUGCUUGUACGUUAAUUUUGAUUUUGAUGGUGCACAGAAGAAGCUGAGAGAGUGUGAAACAGUGCUUGUGAAUGAUUUCUUCUUAGUGGCAUGCCUUGAGGACUUCAUUGAGAAUGCUCGUCUCUUUAUAUUUGAGACUUUUUGUCGCAUCCAUCAAUGCAUCAGCAUCGGUAUGUUGGCAGAUAAACUAAAUAUGACUCCUGAAGAAGCGGAAAGGUGGAUUGUCAAUCUAAUUCGAAAUGCACGACUAGAUGCCAAAUUGGAUUCAAAGCUGGGCCAUGUCGUCAUGGGCAACAACGCAGUCUCACCUUAUCAGCAAGUGAUUGAAAAGACCAAAAGCCUGUCUUUCCGUAGCCAAAUGUUGGCGAUGAACAUUGAGAAGAAAUUGAAUCAGAGUGGUAGAUCUGAGGCACCUAACUGGGCUACUCAAGACUCUGGCUUCUACUGAAAUACUUCUGCAGAGGGGGGAAAAUCAGUUUUCAUUUGACUAAAAAGCACAUAAAUAUGUAACUUUUUUGAGAAAAGGUAAUUAUGUGUUCUGUCUAAGAUUAUUUGAAUAAAAUUGGCUAAUUUUAACAGUCUGCGCAUCUCUCUAACUUAACUAGUUAAGUAUUUAAUUAUGUUGUAUAGGGGCUUUUUUGCUAAAAUGGUGUUCUGAAGCAUUUUGGAUCACCAUUUGCAAAACAUGAAACAUCAAUUCUGUUACUUCUGUUUGUACCGGAGGAUGCCUGUGCUCUCAGCUGUCUGAGUCUGGAAGUGGGGAAUUAGUUAUUACCUAUUGCAAGUGUCGCAUUUAAAAAAAUGAAAAGCAGAUGGUACAAACAAGUGGAUCCCCACUGAACAUUUGGUCAAACAAAGUAUUUUUCUGCACUUCCAUGUUUUUGUUUAUUUGUCACAGAAGCUUGGUAGAGUUGAAGGCAUGUGUAGCCUACACCUUUUAUGAAACCCAACAUAAUCUACAUGCAGAAUAAUUUGAGUAGACCUCUGUGCUUACACUUCAGAAUUUUUCCUGUUCUAAAUCUCAUUUUUAUCUUGCCCAGUCUUGAAAACUUCCUGGGGUAGAUCUUUUUGUUUCAGGGAGGAAAAAGUGUUUCAAAAGGUCUGGCUAAUGAGCUGGUUUAAAGCUUUUAUUCUAAAAACCGAAGUUCUUAAGAUUCGUGAAGCAAACAUGAAAUGACAAAACCCUGCGUUGUUCAACUGUUGUAAUUUAAAAGGGUUUUUCAAGUUUAUGGGUGGGUUUGGGGUUUGUUUGGUUUUUUUUUUUUUUUCAGCCAGUGUGUCACACUUCUCUGGGUUUCCUUAGCACCUUUACUCUGCAGAACAUGUCAUAGCACCUCUAAGCAAGAAAAUCCAAGCUCCUGUUUGGGGUUCUGUGAAGUAUAGUGACUGAUCAGUGAGGUGAAUGUGAAUAUUGGAGAGGAAGAGACACUGUAUCUGCGUACAGUUUUGCAUCUAAGGCUGAGGGGAAAAACUAAGGACUGACCUUCACCUUAUCCCAACUGUGUACCUUUUUCCUUCUUUGCUCCUAAAGAUCUGGAACUCAUCUACGUGUGGAAAGUUGUUUUAACUUGCCAUCCCUCCUGCAGCAGGUUGGAGAAGUUGGCUGGUGGGAACACCUUGAAGUUCAGCAAAGCCAAACGUGGAACCCUGCAUCUGGGAUGGCAUAACCUGAUGUAGCAGUGCAGACAGGGGUCAUGGACUAACUGGAAAGCAACUUUCUAGAAAGGACUUGGGGAUAUGGUGGACAGCAGGGUGAACACAAGUCAGCAGGUGGCCUUAUAAAAAGAGACGUGCUCAUAACAGAACCACAGCAUCCUGUCUGGGAUUUAUUAGGAAAGAGGGAACAGGGGGGUUUAUGGAAAUGAUUAUUCCCCUUGUAACAACACUGCCAGAGGACUGUGACCAACUUGGGGUUUCUUGAUACGAGGCAGAUACUGAUCCUCUGGUGCAAGUCCAGUGGAGGGAUGCCAAAAUGUGAGGAGGCAAGAGCGUGUGACUAAAACAAGAAACUGAGGGCGCUGAGUCAUGUUCAGCCAUAAGAAAAGGAAGCUAGCACCACAUUUUAUUGCUGUCUACUGUCCCUUCAAUGGGAGGAUUCACGGCAAGGCUGGUCUUGAAGGUGCAGGGGGGUGGGAUAAGUGGCAAUGGAUACAGAUUGGAACAAGGGGAAAUCCCAACUAGAUUUUAGUGAGUAAAAAAAUUUUUUUUUUUUUUUUUUUUUUUACCAUGAAGGUGAUCAAGCACUAGAACCAGUCACGCAGAGAGAUUAUGGAAUCUCCACCCUUGGAGAUGCUCAACUUGACAAGUACUUGGUCAUCCUGAUAGACUUAGACCUGCUUUGAGCAGGGAGUUGGACUUGGUGACCUCCAGAGGUCCUUUCCAGUCUAAAUUACUUAACUUUGUACUAAAACAACAUACUUUAAUACAGCAGAGUAAUGGAAGUGGUUUCCAGCAGAUGAUUUAAUCUAACUUCUCAUUGUGUUACUCUCUAAUCCUGUAGUGCUCACCAUUGUAAAAAUGGGGGGGAAGGGGGCAAAAAUCCUACAAACAUUCAUAGCUGAGAAGAUAAUGGGUGUACAGGGCAUUUGCAAGGAGAAGUAUUCUACCAUUACAUAAAGGACUGUAGAAAAACAGAACUGGGAUAUGUGUGGGGUGGGGGUGUAGUUAACAAUGGUUUCUUUAAGACAUUUUCCUAAAAAGCAUUAGGUUUUGGUUACUGACACGUUCAGUAAGCACUGAUUCUGCAGGCAGCUUCUUCCGUGCUUUCUCCUGUGGAUGCUCCUUGGCCGGUUGUUCUGGCUGUCACACAGCACUCCUUUUCUCCCAUCCCCUUGUGCUGCACAACCAUUUAUGCCUUCAGAGAACUGACCUUGCUCUAAUAAACCUGGUUUAUUGUGCUUAAUUAUGUCAAAACAGUUGUGCUGGCCUAGCGGACGGGAUUUAAGAAGCAGCGGAAAUAAGCAGUUAAAGGUAGUCGCUGGCCUCUCUACACCAAUGCAAAAAGCUGGUCUACAGCAGAAGGCUUCCUCUUAUUUAUGUAUAGGUUUGGUUCCUGUGACGGGGAAGUUGCCUUGGGAGAGCAAGAGUUUCCUAAGGCUGAGCAUGCUCUUUGUGCCAAGUUUCUUAACUGUUCCUCAAGUUUUCUCUCAGGAGACUGAAAUGCAAACUGUAGAUUUGUUCUACAUCAUCACAGCCCCCAAACACUUGCUUUAAACAAUCCUCGUUGCGUAAUAGCCAUGUUCCCUGUUUGAUAACACAAUCACAAAAGUACUGUUGUGUAAUAAUUAAAGAAUUUUAAAAUGAGAUAAAAUUGGAAUGUUUUUUGUAAACAGCAGGGAAAAGGCUGGAAUGCAGCUUUCCUUCUGACAGGAAGAAUUUACUUAAACAGAGUUUUAAAAUCAUCUCAUCUCAGGAGACAACACUGUGUAAUCACAGCUUUCCAUUCUGUUUUUUCUGAAUUUCCAUCUGUCAGGUGCGCAUGCGUAGAAAAGAUCGGUGCAGAUCGUAGCACUGCUUAAAUUCGUGGUAGCUUCCCGCAGCUACUGAGUGAGACACCAGUUACAUAAACAGUUUUGAGGCUUGAGAAUUUUUUGUGUGUGUAAACCUUAAAUUAAAACUUCAAUUCAAAAUGAUUACAGUACCUUCUGGAAAUUUAUUGUGCAUCAGAAUCUUUUUUUUGUCAUCCCCAUGCUUUAAUUCCUGCACUAAUGAGCUACUGUAGGUCUCAAACAUUUAAAUCCUGGGGCAGUGACCACUGAAAGCACGGAUUUAAGUAUGCAGUCAGGUGGUUUUCAGAACAGGAGUUCAAAAUGAGAAUUUGUGUCACUUCCCAAAAGAGACCCUUGCUGGUCGGCUCACUAAAGUAGAAAUCAUAAAAAUGAUGUAAAAUCCAGAGCAAAGUGUAUUCCCUGGUGAUAUCUCAGGUACCUACCUGCAAGUAUGUUGUAGGUAAUGUUUCCAAUUAUAUGAAUUUCUUUUUUUUUUUUUUUUUUUUCAAACAAAAGACUACUGUCAGUCACCUGGCAUUGCCUCUGCCUCGGUGAAGUUGUGAAAGUCUGUGUUGCUCUCUUUGAAAUAAAAACCAACAGCUAGCUAAGGUGGUUGUGUGGUUGGAGAGGAGUGCGCAUGUUCUCAAACGCUUCUGCUGUUCGGCAGUCAGGGUAAUGUUGCUAAAAUCAUGAUCUUAAAUUGCAUAGAUCGCGCCUGGUUUCGCUUGGCGAAAGGAGAACACCUCGUUCAAAAUCUUGUUAUCCUGUAGACGGGGAAGGGCCUUAGUUCCCGGGGUCUCUGGUGAGGUAAAUUUACUGUGUGCUUUCAGCAGCCCAGAUAAGGAUUUAGUCUGCCCCCACCCCCCUUCGUUUUCUUCCCUGGAUGUGUCAGCACCGCUAUUUAGAGAGAUGUUUUGUUGAGCCUAAACCUCACGGUAUGAAACCUCUUGCGGGCUGCACGGGAGGGUGCUCUGCCCUGCCCCUGCCGAUGCUCGCGGGGCGAGGCGCGUGUGCUCAGCAGGGCUCGUCGCCGCGCGUCUUGGUAACAGGCGGCCUUCUGCGCGCGGGGAAUCGAGGAGGUCUUCACGAAAUAACUGAGGCACGAUUGAGUUCGGCAGGGAGGGGGAGCAGAAGAGGGAAGGCAAAGCCAGGGGACGCAGCUGGCCAGCGCGUGACUUUGCAGUAGGUUGGCAGGAGAUGAAACUUGCUUCAAGGGUGACAAUCGCAAAUUCCGUCAUAACUUUCCAUUGAGUAAGCUUUAGCAAUCUCAUUAGUAGCAAUAUUUUAUAAACAUCCAAGAACAGUUGUUCUCCUUAAAUUAGACGAAUGUAAGAUCCACUUUGUGCCUCUUGUUUUGGCUUUGAUUUUACCAAAAUAUUUGUAGUGACUGCUAAAAGAAGCCCACGGAAAGGGAAGAGAAGACGACCAGUUUAAGGCCUCCCUCUCUUUCCUCCUUUUUUUGGAAAGGAGGAAGGGAAAAAAGGUGGAAGAUGGGGAAAUCUUGUACUUCCCCUGCUGCAAGGACUCUUUGAACAAAGUUGGUUUAUUUUUUUCAGUAAAUUUGUUGAGCAGUUACAAUGCUACAUCGUCAAUUUUUCCUUCUUUUGUAGAAAAUG